CAACGGUUCUUUUCCAAUUCGGCUGUGAAACAACGAAGAACGUUCGUCCGAGCGAGCGAAGAAUUCGCCAAGAGUGAAAAGCGUGCAAAGCGUGAAAAGCGGAAGAAAGUCGGUGCGAAGAACGCUCUUCCUUCCUUCCUUUCAAAAAACAACGAGCGAGCAGAGUUCGUGGAGAUUCGACGCCUGGAAGUGCGAGGAACGUUCUUCCCGAGCGAGAAGAGUUCGGAGUGCAGUGGAAGUGCGGCUGGAAGUGCAAGAAAGUGGAGGAAGAAAGUGGCAAGGGCGGGAGGUGGCGAUAAGACACCCACCAUCUAAUUAUAGACCCCACUGGUGGUCUAAAAAUAAACAAGCGCAAACAACAGCAAACAAUUGGAGAGCGUUUCGAACAGCUGUUGCAUUCGGACUCGAAUUCGGAUUCCUAUUCGGAUUCGGAUUCGUAUUCGGACUCGUAUUCGGAUUCGGAUUCUACUCUCUCCCGGAGAAAGAGAUAGCGCUAAGGACGUGCAGAGAGCGCCCGCCCAGCGGCACUUGAGCGCACAGUGGGAGCGAAAGAGACAGACACAGGGACAGAGACAGAGGCUGUGGCAGAGGCAGUGGCAGUGGCAGUGGCAAGAGGAAGAAGGGGGAGAUCGCGGCGGCAGAUAGGAAUACGAGAUACUCCGAAGAAAACGGCAGCUUUACGUUCCAGCAGCCAAGCGGCCAGCUUCCAAAAGCGUUUCCAAUUCCAAGCCAGUCGCAACGUCAGCGGAAUACCGCUACAAUUCGCAUACUCCGUCGACUGCCCUCUCACUCACACACACACUCACUCACUCACUCACUCACCCACUCACUCACUGACUCACUCACUCCUUCUCCUGCGGCCCGUGACAUAUACCCGCACUCUUCUGUUCCUGCCACAAUACUUCACGCGAUGCAACAACAACUGGCGGACGCAGCAGCAGCAGAAAACGCAGCAGCCGCAACAGCAGUCGAAAACGCAGCAGCCGCAGCAGAAGUUAACAACCACUUGCUCGAUUUUCCACACUCCGAUCGCCAAACGAUUUCCAAAGGACAUUGAAAGAUCUUCAAUCGCCAAACUCACGGAUACUUGUCAAUUCGCCAAUAUUUUUUUUUUUUUUGCACGUAAAAACGCCCAGAAACCUUGAAACCCAAACGAAUCCCACCAGAAAACCAACAAACCAAAAAGAAAAACCAGAAAACCAGAAAAGAUAGUUAACCCUUAUUUUUAGUCGCAUUGUUUUGUUUUUUUCGUCAAUUGAUUGUGAUUUUGAAACUGUGUGAUCGCAAAAGAAAAUCUGCAAAUUAGCAAAAAAGAAAGUUCCUUAAGCAAGUGAUAAUCCGAUAGAAACUCUGAAGAAAGCAAAGGAAAGGAAGCCGAAACCGAAACCGAAGAUAACAGAGACACAAAAGACACGAAACUAAACUGAAAGUAGCACCCACUUUAUAAGCACUAUAUACAACCCACGAAAUCAAACUAAACCAAAACCAAAACCAAAACCAAACCCAAAUACCAUAAGCUAAGCACCCUAGUCAUUCGUUAUCGAGGACUACUGAGGAAACUGAUUGAAACACUGCACACACAAGGAUCGAACGGCAUGCAAACAUGAUUCCCGAAGUGGCGACCACCAAAGUCCUGCUAGUCCUCACCACCGUGCUCGCUGUGGCGACGCUGAUCAGCAGUUGGGUGCCACAGGUGGCGGCUGGUCCACUUCCACCAGCGGAUUACGAGCAGAAACGCAUGAUGUGCUCCAAUGGCCUCAGCGAAGUGAUACAGAGGAUAUGCGUGGGCGGCACAGUGGCACUCGGCGAUAAUUUUCCCAACAGUUUUGGGAAGCGCAGGAAGCGCGAUAUGCCGAGUGUGACCGAUUUGUGCUGCAAACCGGGUGGCUGCAGCUACAGGGAUCUGCUGAAUUACUGCAAAGGAUGAUGUAGCAUCUGAGCUCCAUCUACGACCCACACCCGCCCCCCCCCCACACCCCACACCACCCCAACUGCAAGCCACUCUACACCACUCCACAUCAUUCGUAACCCCUAAGAUAUGAAGCGCAAGCAGCAGUCUUCCCUAGAGUAUACUAAGUAUAUAUUACUAAUUUAACUAUACACUAACUCAAUUCUGUACAAUAAAAGAAAUUCGUAAUGAG